UAAUGUACGCUGUUCACAAGUAAUCGUUUCGUCACGGACGAUCUUGUGAAAUAUAAUCAUCGAUAUUAAUAUGCUAUUUAUAUAAUAUUUUAAAACGUGUCACCCACCACUGGUCGACCUAAAAUCGGCGUCCAAGUUAACGUUUGCUGGUGUGGUGUAAUAUUUUAAGCAUGACGGAUUCCGUCACCGCGUGUGCGGAUUUAAUCGCGCAGCGUCUGCGUGGAAUGACCAAAAAAGUCAAGCCUUUGUCGGCAGUUGACUUGAUAAAUGUUGCUGGCACCGCCGAUUGGAAGCAGCUGGAAAAAUCGUUGACAGCAAGGUCAGCACAGCCAAAAAGGCAGCAUUCAACAAUAUUAGACCCCGGUUCCAAGUUUGCUUCUUGCCUAUGGGCAUAUUUACCGCCGAACGCAGCGGAGGUAAACAGUGACAACACUCCCCAGCCGGUUGGAGAUGUUGUGGCCAACAACAGUUCUGAGAUUUCGCCCAGUCGUAAACGUGCAUGUAAAUCAGUAAACACUCCAAAUAGAACAUUGGAGCAUAAGUCCCUGGUGUCCGUAUCCGACGUGCUCAGUCGACUGUUCGGCAAGACUAACGAGAAAAGUCAACAUUUUAAUUUCGAACAGGAGCCAACAGAAUUGACACUAAAACAUGCGCUAGACUCUUUAAUUCGACACGAGGACGGUUCAACAACUAACUCGCAAUAUUCGUCGACUACUCUGGAGGAAUGUGAACGUUUCCUUUCGUCAUGUUACGGAUCUUUUGGCAGUGAUGUAACUCUAAUUGACGAGACGAGCACAACCUUAGCAGAGGAACAAUUGGAGGAUCUCAUGUGUACUCCUCUGGAAGUAGUGAGACGAAAAUGCGAAAUGUUUUUUGAGCGUCACGGUUUGGUCGUAAAGGUGCGCAAACUUCCAGCUGAAAAUGCUAUAAGAAAAACAUUGCCCGAUUCUAAGCAGGUGCUUUGCUACCCAGCUUAUCACUUUGUUACACGCCAAUAUACCCACAUGUUCGAGCAGCUGAUGCGAGCACGAACUUUUUUGGACACACGGUACAAUAGCUGCAAUGAGUCACGUAACGCCAAGUCACCCUUCUCAAUGGUUGAGCCACGAGAGGAAGUGAUCAAUCAAAUAGAAGCUUUGGCAAAUGAUUUUACAGACCCCGAUUUUAAAGGGAUCUUCAUAUCUGUCAGCACAAAGGCGUUUGUAAGCCCUAGCGAAUUUGGUCUUGUACGCCGCACUAAAACGGUGGCAUGGGCAGUGGUGGAGUUAUUGGAAAGUAACAGACGCGAUUUGAAGGGCCUCUGGGUUAACCCGUCGCUAUCAGCGUCUUCUGCUACCACGCUCCUCAGUGCCAUGCUGCCCUAUACCAUCAUGACUAGCUUUAUGAUGUCACAUCCAACGGCAGAUCAGCUGACACAAAAUAAGCUGUUCUCCGUUGGCUUGAGCGCUUUUGAUGCUUUCCCACGACAAGCGCUAGUACUGCUAACCAGCCCACUCCGUUGCGGGCUUGUGAAACACUACGAGGUGGAUAGCGAUUCUACCGAACGUGUCCACGAACCAGAUUGUGAUUAUUGUAACGUAGAGGAUGAACCCAACCACGUAGACAUGGGAACAUCCACUGACCAAUGUUUCUGCUACCAGAAGGCUAAUUGGAACGAUCUUAGACGCGUUAUAGUAGGAUGCACAGAGGGUUUGAUGAACAUGCUAUUGCCAAGAUGGCGGGAACUAAUACCUCAUGAACUUAUGGCAGACCUGUUGGACGACCUGGAGCACAUUGUCAAACCGGAUUCGGUAAUGUCCCAACCAAUCAAGACCAAAGAAGUAGCUACCGCUAUUAGAGAAGCUGAAUACACCGGACUCACCGAUAUCGAAAUCAGGGAUCUAAUGAUGCAUCUGUACGGCCCACGAUGGAAGUGCCGCCUGAAGACUAGUGCAAUAAAAUGCAUUAAAGCGUACAAAUUGUUGCCUGAUACGUGCAAGGGGGCGUCAGUACUAGAAUUCGACGCCAGAGAGGAACGCAGAAAACGCCGCGCCCAAGUAGUGGCACAAAAUUAGAAGAAAUAUUUUAACGUCCAGUGGAACCAAAACCCUUCUCCCCGCGCUCAGUUUGAUCAAGCUCAUUUACUAACUAUAAAAGGUUUAAAACGAUAAGUAUAAUCCAUGUCAUCGAAGAUUGUAUCAAAAAAACACGACAAAAUGGAGCAUGAAACAUAUAUUUUAUAACUGAUAGGCUCUCUUGACGAGAUACCAUCAAACAUCGCAUCAUAAAAGAAUAUAAAACUUGGAAAAUAUACAAUGCAAGACAAAAUAUUUAAAAGGUAUAAUAAAAAGGAUAAUUACACAGGCAGUAUCCAUAAAACACAGUUACAAAAAAACACGAGUAUAACAACACAUUAUUGUGGAAAUACACGCAAGAUAUAGGAAGACCACACUUUCGUGUCACAA